GGACAGCUCUGAAAUAGAUGGUCCAAACAUAAAAAUUUGGCCAUCGUAAUCGGUCGCGUGCAUAACAUCACGAGCAAGGGCAUGUCGCACCGUACAUUCUCUUAAUUGCCACGUUUGUACCUUGACUCAUCGCUUUUACUCAAAAUGCCAAAAGAUAUACCGUUUCAUAAGCUUUGUAAGAAAAGUAAAAUACGGAGAUUGAAUGCUGAAGAUGCCGAGAAAUCCGAUUCAACUGAUUCUUCGAUUGAGUUUCAUCAAUCGCCUGAGCAGCAAUACGCUUCCAUUGCAAGCACUAUUUAUGAAAUACCAGAUUUUCCUGAUUUUCAAGAUCUUUCUGAUCAUUCUAAUCUCCCUCAAUCUGAAUCUUCUCAUGAUUUUGAACUUUCUCAAUGUGAAUCUUCUCAUUCUAUACUUUCUCAUUAUUCUGACAAUUUCAACUCUUCUGAUAAUGCUCUCUCACACUCAUUUCAUUCAAGCACUUCAAGCAGUUCUCAGUCUAGCAUAAGUUCAGUUUCUAAGAAUUCGAAAGUACUUGAAUUUCUUCGCGGGUGGGGUUUAAAGCAUAAUAUAACGCAUGAAGCUAUUUCAGAUUUACUUAAAGGCCUAAAAGAAAAUCACAAAUGUUUUGCCGAUGAUGAGUUGAAUGCUAGAUUUCCUAUCAGCGCACGAACAUUGUUAAAAACAGAAAAAAAGUAAUUAAAAAGGUUGUUGAUCCUGGUUUUUAUAUUCACAUAGGAUUACAAAAACAAUUACUACAAAUUGCUCCUAAAUAUUUUAAAAACACAAAUUCUUUUAAGUUAUUAAUAAACAUUGAUGGAUUACCUCUAUUCAAAAGCUCGUCCGAUCAAGUGUAUCCAAUAUUAUGUACUGUAGUAUCUAUUCCACGAUUACGCAACAAAGUAUUUCCUAUAGGUAUAUAUUAUGGGAAAGAAAAACCUGCAAGUUUAGAA